AGAAGAGAGGAAGACACUAGUGCUGAACGACUGCACGCGUUGUGCUCGCCUGCUGCGGACGCUUGUUUGUUUGCUGACUGAACUGUUGUUCUGUCUGCACCGCGCCAAGGGAAAUCGCCACCUAACAAGGCCCUGACUGUGUGCUGUCCAACAACUGGAAGCAGGAGAGGGGGUCAGAAAGUGUGAGAAGAAACCGUUUGGGGCUCCACUGCAGAUCUGCAAAGAUUCAAUGCAAAGAGUUCACGCUAUAACGGAUGCCACUUACCUGUAGUACAUCUUAAAGCCGGCUCGACAGAGGACGGGACCGUCUGAUUGCUGACCUCACAAGCUGCAUGGGGGUUCUUGUGUGUUGUGACUGCUUCUUUUACAGCACUACGGAUAUGCACUCCCAGAAAACUCCCAGAAGCGGAUUAAGUUGCAAGAUGGUUCUUCAGGCUGUUGGUAAAGUUUUAAGGAAAUCCAAAACGAAGCCUAAUGGAAAGAAAGCUCCUGCUGAAGAAAAGAAGCACUACAUGGACCCAGAGUACACAAAAGUGCGGGUCAUGGACUUUGACCUGAAAGAUUUGGUGGCGCUACCCACCAAAGAGAUCGACCUCAACGAAUGGCUCGCCAGCAACACAACAACCUUCUUCAAUCUCAUAAAUCUGCAGUAUAGCACAAUCUCUGAGUUUUGCACAGGGGACACAUGUCAAGCCAUGACGGCCUGCAACACGAUAUACUACUGGUACGACGAGAGGGGGAAGAAGACGAAGUGCACCGCACCUCAGUAUGUCGACCUUGUUAUGACUUUCGUGCAGAAAUUAGUGACGGACGAAGAUAUCUUCCCCACAAAAUACGGCAAAGACUUCCCCAACUCGUUCGAGUCUCUGGUGAAGAAGGUCUGCCGGUAUCUGUUUCACGUCUUGGCUCACAUCUACUGGGCUCACUUUAAAGAGACCGUGGCUCUGGAGCUGCAGGGACACUUGAACACACUUUACGCACAUUUCAUCGUCUUCGUCAGAGAGUUCAACUUGGUGGAGCCCAAGGAGACCUGCAUCAUGGACGACCUGUCGGAGGUGCUGUGCGCCCCCCUGCCGCCCCAUUCACACAACCACGUGACCGAGAGAUGAGCCUCCAACUCCAGGAAGACCACAAAACGUGCAAGGCCUCCUUGGAAGGGCCCUUCUAUCACCGUUUCUCACCGUCUUCAUGAGAACUGAUCAAAAGAUGACGGUGAGGGCCGGUGGUCUGCAAUUCUCCUACCAGCAGCACAGAUUGGUGUGAAUGUUUCCUACAGGACGAAACAAUCUGUCUGCAUUCUCAUUGAUACAGGAACAAUUUAGAUUUUAAUUAGCAUUUUUAUUAGCGUUUUUGCGCAUGCGCUCUGAGGUUUUCGUCGUCUUUUAGGGAAUGGUGUUUCAGCUCGGCUCUCAUCAGUGCCUUAGAUUUAUAGCUAAGGUAUUAUCUGUUUAUAUGCAACAAUGUUUAGAAAGUUAUCUUUGACCUCUGGCUCCCCCUUGUGGAGGGAGUGACGUCACCCACCGACCACUGUUUAUGAUCGCUGCAGCCUUAUUUCACAUCAAACUGUACCGAACUAGUGCAAAAUCUCUCCUUUUCGUAUUCUAGCCAUCAUUACUCAUUGCUUUAUGUUCUUUAAAUCAUUUACAAUGGUUCUGUAUGUACUUAUUAGCUUUUUAAGAUGAUGUAUAAAGGGUUUGCUGGUUUGAAUGGUGCUUUGUAGGUUUCCGACAAGGAUGUUAGUGAGAUCUGGAUGUCUGCUCGCUCCGAGAGAAGCUGCACUGUUGCAUGGCAGAUGACUUGCUGUGUUGCAUUGAUGAGCACAUCCUCCAGCGUCGCAAGUCGCAACCUUUAUUUUUUAUUUCACGUUUUUAUUCUUAAGUUAUCAGAGGUCAUGAAUAUUGUGGCAGCCCAUGUGUGUAUAAGAUGCACAUUAAUUUUCCCUAGAAACAGAUUGUACCUGUAUAAGAAAUCACAAUAAUUGCCUUUAGCGAGAGAGCAUCUCUCCUCCUCGUUUUAUUUAUUUUUUCUUUUUUAAUCUAUUUGCAGAGUUCCUCAGUUCUUGCUUUCUUUUUAUGUAUUUUAAUUAUCUAAGUUAAAAGCCACUUGAUAUUUUAAGCUCUGCAAAAUAUAAUCAGAUUAAAACAAGAAAUGCCACGUUA